AUGGCAUCUACUUGCUUAACGCCCUUUGCAGCUACAAUUUUCUUUGGUUUUAAUACAGUGGUGACUCCUGUUUCGUCCAAGUUCCAUAUUCUAGAUGGUAGUAAGUUAUGUUUCAAUAUGACAUCUCCGAGCUUGUUAAAAAAUGUAUUUACAUUGUGCCGGUUAAAAGAUGAUGCGCGUGGCGCACUUGUGGCUUCCGGAGAUCUUAUGGAUAAAGACAGAUUUCUUUUCAGAAAACCCGUGAACCAAUCAGCUCUAGCUUCCUUAUUUCUUCUAAGAGACUGGAAUGUUAGGCCCCGUAUUCAUGGGAAACAUUUGUUGAGCAACAAAGUUGAAUCAACGUGUUGCGGAGUUGCUGUCAACAUGUUGCUGGCAACACUGCGUGUUGCAGAGUUGACAGCAUCAUGUUGA